AUGACAUGGUAUUUCGAUUAUAUAUCUAAUCCAACAAAAAUUAUUGAACAAUUUUUCAUUCAAUUAUGGAUUAAUGUAAAAAAAGAAAUUGAUCAAAAUUUAUUAGAACGAAAAGCAUUUUGUAUAAAAAUAAUCACAGAAUUUUUCUAUUGUAUUCAAGGUAUGUUGGAUAGUGUACGUCAUUUAGAUCCACCGAACAAAUUGAUUGAUGAGAUAUUUCAAUCUGAUGCAAGCAACGCAUUGAACAUAAAUGAUGAACUUAACGAUAAAAAUCAAUGUAUGGUUAGGGUAAUAUAUCAAUAUAUGGCUGAACAAAGAAUUCCAUUAUCAUUAACAGUAAAUAGGACAACUUAUCAUAUUAGAGAAGAUGCUUUUAAGGCAUUUCAAUCAUUAAUUCAACAACGAAGACCAAGUAAUGAAUUAGCAAAAAUAAUCAAAAAAAUUUCUUCGGUUUUUGAGAAUAUUCCUAUUAGUAAUUUAAUAGCAUUUCUCGAAGCUCUAUUAACUGAAAGAGAAAAAAUUCUUCGUGAUUUUAAUCAAAUUCCAUGUAAUUUUGAUCAUAUCGAUCAACAUGAUACCUAUGCACGAUUAUUAGAUAAAGUUCGUGGAUGUCCAGAUCUUUGUCCAUGUUGUCGACGACCUUGUGAUGUUGAUCAUACACAAAUUAAAUCUAAUCCUGGUUCAUUAUAUAAUGAACAUCGUUGUCAAUCUGGCCAUAAUUUACGUGCAAUGAAUGGUUAUAAAUUUGAAACAACUAAUGAACCAUCAUUAUUAAUGUGUGAACAAAUUAAAGAUGAUCAAAUUUUAAUUAUUGGUCCAAGACGUUAUCAAUGGUUAGAUUUUAAACGAUAUCAUUCUGAUUGGAUAUUUGAAUCAACAUUAAAUGAUCAUGAAUUAAAUCGUUUACAUGGAAAUUUUUAA